AUGCCUCGCUUAUCAACUAGCCCUGUGUCAGAUCAGAGCUCUCCGCUAACAGUGGAGGGCUCUUCACCGCCAAAUAGUUACCCCUCAUCAUCAGCGAGGGGUAAUCCCCUGAAACAGCCAAUUACAGAGAUUCGGGAGACUCCGCCAAGAAGUUCAAGUCAUGCAACCUACUAUAGCCAGGCUAGCCCAGACCUAAGUCAACCAGAAUUACUACCGCUGAAGCAGAACUUUGCGACGAAGUUGGCGAGACGAACAGAUACUGGCCAACCACCAACCAUUGCACGGAAAGAUCAGCUGAACUUCGCGCUAAAGAAGCAGCUAAAAGCUGCUCGAAAAAAGCCCGUCCAGAUCACUAAACGCCAGAAAGUUCGUAGAUGGAGGCCUGGUACAAAUGCACUUCGUGAGAUUCGAAAAUAUCAAAAGACUACCAAUCUUUUAAUUCCGCGGAGCAGUUUCGCAAGAGUAGUUCGAGAAAUAACACUUGAUCUUCCACUAAGAAACCGCCAUAAGAUCCGCUACCAGUCAAUGGCUAUAGAGGCUCUCCAUGAGAUGAGCGAACAGUUUCUAAUCAACAUGUUCGAGAAUGCAAAUCUCUGUGCUAUUCACGCUAAAAGAGUAACUUUGCAGAAGAAAGAUCUUGACUUAGUUAAACAGUUAAUGAAGAAGAUGGGAGCAUGGAGUGCUAGAUUGUUUUAG